GAUGUUUAACGUUUUCGGUUCUGCGCGGUCUUCCUAGUUUAUUGUAUCUUGUAUGACGUUAGAUUUGUCUUUGUCAGGAGGGCGUGCAAUUUUCACGAUCUCCGUGUGCAAUUUCUCGUGACGAUGCCAAAGAGGAAGAAUCAGGCUCUUAUAGACUCUGAUAGUAGUGGCAGUGCAUCGGAAAGUGGCUCGGAUUUGGAUAAUGACUUGUUAUCGCUCGCUAAAAAGAAGAAAGGAAAAGCUCAAGAUGAUUCUCAAUCUAAUGAAGACACAGGUAAUGCUAAAAAGGACAGCAAAAAUAAUUCAGACACAUCAGAUUCGGAUGAUGAUUGGGGUGCAAAGGCUGGUAAAAAUAAGAAAAAGAAAGUGCCGACUAAACGAAAUAAAAGAAAGAUGACAAAGUCUAGCAGCGAGGAGAGUGCUAGUGAAAAAGAACCUGAGAAAGUCUCUGAACCGGAAGAAGGAGAGGUUUCAGACUCAGAUGCCAGUGUUUCCGAUUCUAGUCAAGAGGAAUUCAACGAUGGCUAUGAUGAUAAGUUGAUGGGUGAUGCUGAAGAUCAAGCAAGGCUUGCUCAAAUGACUGAAAAAGAACGUGAACAGGAAAUUUUUAAACGUAUCGAACAACGCGAAAUUAUGAAAACAAGAUUUGAGAUUGAAAAGAAAUUACGAAUGGCCAAGAAACAAGAAUUGAAAAAGCAAAAGGAAUCGCGGAAGAAAGAGAAAAGUGCUGAGGAGAGGAAAGUCGACAGAGCUCCAGAUCCUAAAGAACGAAGUAAAGAUCGUAAAAAAACUAUAGAAGAGAAGCAAGAUAAAAAAUUCCAUGCAAUGUCUCUUCUAAAAGCAAGGAGAGAAGAGAAGAAAGAAAGAGAGGAAAAAGAGAAACAAAGGAUAGAACAACAGCAACAACAAUCAAAGGACAUGGAGGAAGAAGAAUUGGAAGAUGAUCACAAGGGUGGCGCAAAUAAAACAAAGCUUAAAGCGUCUGAUAUUUAUUCCGAUGAUAGCGGUUCAUCGGAUAGCGGUGAAGACGAAGAAACCGCUAAACCAUCAUCUCAUCGUAGAUCGUCUUCAAGCGAUAGCAGGGAUUCCGAUUCCGAUAACGAUAAAAAGUCUGUUACUAGUAAUAAAGCCAAACCGAAGAAACCAAUAUAUGUCAGUACUAAGGAAGAUCUCAAUAAAAUUAGAUUAUCUCGUCACAAAAUGGAGAGAUUUGUACAUCUACCUUUCUUUGAUAGAGUAGUACAAGGUUGUUUUGUUAGGAUUGGUAUCGGAAAUAACAAUGGAAAACCCGUUUACCGAGUAGCUGAAAUAAGCGGCGUCUGUGAAACAGGGAAAAUUUACCAACUCGGCGGUACAAGAACAAACAAAGGAUUGAAAUUAAGGCAUGGAGCUCAGGAACGCGUGUUCAGAUUAGAAUUUGUAUCGAAUCAAGAGUUCACUGAGUCUGAAUUUUUCAAAUGGAAGGAAACUUGCGCUUUGCAAGGAAUAUCCAUGCCCACGUUCGAAGAAGUCGAUCAAAAAUUAAAAGACAUUAAGGAAGCCUUAGUAUAUGAAUUUAAAGAAGAAGAUAUAGAGAAAAUUGUACGGGAAAAAGAAAGAUUUAAACAAAAUCCAUACAAUUACGCAAUGAAAAAAGCACAACUUAUGCGAGAAAGAGACGCAGCUAAUUGUAGAGGAGACGACGAAACCGCCAGUCGUCUUAAUCAAGAAUUGGGCGAGCUCGAAGAACGUGCUUCGGAACUUGAUAAAAUGCGCACCGCAACAAUAUCUAGUAUAUCUUAUAUUAACGAUCGUAAUCGGAAGAAAAACGUUGAAGAAGCUGAAAAAGCUAUUAUGGAAGAGAUUAAAGCUAAUAAAGGUAAAAAGGUGGACGACCCAUUUACCAGACGAAGUACAAAACCAAGAAUGGUUUAUAAACCAGAAGAUGACGAGAUAUCGUCAACUGUUCCAAUAAAUGACAAAACAACUCCUCAACAAACGGAAUCAGUAACAGUAAAUAGCGAAAAAGAAAACGGGCAAGAAACAAAGAAAAAGCAAAGUACCGAGGACCUAUUUAAUGCUCAUGAUUUUGAUAUCACAAUAGAUUUGGAAGUACCCAUUCCGAAUAAUCCCGUUAGUGUAUUACCGAAACCUAUUAGUAAUAUUAAAGAUACAGGACCUCGACGCUCCUUAAACUUAGAAGAUUAUAAGAAAAAACGGGGGCUCAUCUAACGUUCUGUUAGCUUUAGAAAUCAGAAAAAUUUUGCAAGGCUAAGUUUUAAAUAUUAUCGUGUAGUUAUCUAAGCGUACAUCUUAGUCCUUCAAUGAUCUGAUUAAUUGUAAAAACAAGGAAAAAUCUUGUAACAAUUGACUGAGAAACUAACUUAUCUAUAGUUCUCAUAUAACGUUUUCUUUUUGUUUUUCAUCUUUAUAUUAUUAUUAUUAUAAACAAUAACUCUAUUUAAAAAAAAAGGAGUGGUUCCUACCAUAUAGUUAUAUUUGCAAGAUCAUAGUUACUGUGCAUUCUAUGCAAAUGAAUGCAAUAAAACAUCUUUAUUCUUUGAAGAGCACUGUUAAGGAGUACUUAAAGAAAAGUAUUACGAUUUGAAUUAUUUAAGAACUUUGUAAUUGCAUUUGUUCUCCUCUUUCCAUAUAUGACUUUUUGAUCGAUUAUGUAUUCAUUUCGUACUUUUUAAUUUUCCGAAGUAAAAAAAUAAAUUUCAAACGAAAAACCAUAUAUUUCUUAUUUAAAAAUUAUUCUGAACAGAUAAUUAAAAAUAAAUAUUAAUAAACGAUCACCGUAUGGGAAGUUAUACAAAUUUAAAUUUAGUGAAAAUAUUAAUUAUGUACACAAUGGUUAAAUGUGUAGUAUGACGUACAUUACAAGAUAACUAUACUUCUGAAUAUUUUUGUAUUAUUCUGCAGUGUCUAACAAGCAUUAUAUACACUGCGAAUUACUGCCAAUAUUAUUUGACUAUAGAAGCUUCAAAAUAUGUUUUACAAUAAAAAUUUGUACAUAUUCUCUAAAUAAUUCAAAUAAUUUAAAUGGCUAAAUUCUUAUAUAUAUAUAUUUCUGUAUGAAAGAAUGACAAAAACAUGUUUUAAAUGUAUUCGUUUUGUUUGUCUAGUUAAUUAAAUAAUUAUUGUUAACUCGAAUCUAUCAAAUUGGAUAGGUAUUAAAUAAUUACGCUAUAACGAUGAUUUGGUUAGUAUCUAUAGAAAAUUAGGUAUAUUUUUGUGUAUUCUAUUUAUCUACUAAAUUGUUCUUUUUACUAUAUGAUCAUAAAUACGAUGUCUUGAAUAAAUAAAGUUUUAUACUUUUCA